AAGCCGAACAAGUCUAUUUGGACAAUAAAAAUCGUUCGUUUACCUUAACUAUAACAAAUAUUGUGCCAAAUUGCAUUAAGAAUUUGCUUCGCAUGUGUUAGUAAUUCCUAAUUGCGCAGUACACGUAAUUCAUAUAAAUAUCCCCAUUUAUAACGGCAUCGGCGGUAUCAUUGUGCCAUAUACGCCGCCACCGCCGCCGCCACCGCCGCUGCUGCUUUCCCCACCGCCGCCGCUAUGUCAACGCUCGUCUACUCGCUGCUCACGCUCGCCGCGCUACUCGCCGCCUCUGACGCUCAAAAGAGCUGCAAGACCGUGCUAUUUGGUAACAGAGGCACAUACGACAAAAAAAUGCAGCCAGUCAAACUGCCGCCUGUAGGAGUUAAAAUUAAUGAAACUCACGAUGAGUGUAUAAAGCAGAAAAAAGGAUUAACGGUGGGCGCUCUGGUGAGAGCGUGUAAUGCUCAGCUAAAUGGCGCUGCGCCAGACAUCCGACGAGAAGACAGAUCCUAUGUCGUGACGUGCCCCUUUGGAUGCCCAUUAGGCGGCACUGUAUUUGUUAUGUAUUAUUGCGAACUAGACAUUUAAAUAUAAUUACUUUGAUAUUAUAGUUUU